AUGAGUGAACCUUCUGCCGAUGAUAAUAAUAACAAUAAUAACAAUGAUGAUGCCCGACUGCUCGCGCGUCUCAAUGCGCUAAAGCCUUCCCAUGUGCAACUUACUUCCACACCAUCACUUGCCCGCGCUGGCGACUCAUCAUCAUUCGAUCUUUCUUCGCGGUUUCUCCGCCUCAGCAACAAUGGCAGCACCAGCACUAGUGCUGCUGGUACUAGGCAUGCUGGACAGCCUAAUAAAGUGCCUGAUGAUUCUUUCAGCGGCAAUCAAGGGUACGACCCAGAAGACGAACGCACGUUAGAAGAGCUUUUAGAAGACCUGGGUCCCGAAGAGCAAUGGCAGCUUGAUCCUGCAGAGGAGAAGAAUAUACAAAAUCUAUUAACCGAAGCGGAAGCAGCAUUGCCAAAAGCCGACGCCGAAGUAAGCAAGUAUGAUCAAGGAGCUGAGCAUGAAGAGCCUGCGAAUCAAACUGCAACGGACACAGGCAGGAGGACGUUACAUAUGCCGCCGCCCCCGCUGGAUCCGCGUCAUCCUACUGAAGACGAGGAGGCUGCGGAAUAUGUAGCAAAAGUAUUUGCAGAACUUGAAACUGAAAAGGUCGAUGAGGAAGCAGACACGGGAAACAACAACAAUGACUCUGUAUUGCCUGCGGCAGCUCGGACAGAAAGCAGUUGGAAUAAGGGGGGCAUUGAGCAGCCCAGUGAGAGAGACGAGUUUAUGAAGCUUCCGGUUGUUCCGACAGCACUUCCAGAAGCGCGGGAUGAUUUGGCUGCACGGUUGCAGUCCCUCGGUCUUCCUUCUGCGCCCAAAUUUCAUCCGGCGCAGAAGCCGCCCAAGAUUUUAAAAAAGACCAAUGCGCUACCACAGUACACGGAUGAAGAUAUCGAAAGCUGGUGCGUCAUAUGCAAUGAAGAUGCUACUAUUCGAUGCCUUGGCUGCGACGGAGACUUGUAUUGCAAGAGCUGUUGGCAGGAGGGUCACUCUGGACCCGAUGCAGGCUUUGACGAAAGACAUCAUAAAUGGACAAAGUACGCGCGAUCUCAAGGUUUUACAUAG